AUGCUUGGCGUCCAGCAGUUGCCGUCUGCAUGGCUUGAGGCGGCGGUGACAAGUCCGACAUGCGUGUGGAGCGCUUCCAUCGCCGUCCUGCUUUGUCUCAUACCACCAGCUAGAGCCUUGACCGUCAGAAUCCUCUGCGAACUCUACUCGGCCGUGGUCCAUCGUCCAUUUGUCUCCGCACCGAUCGCCUUUCUCUUCUCUGCUAACGAUGGCCCAUUGCCAAAGUCCGACUCACUCUGGUCUCGACUCCAAGCGGCCACCACGCUGCAGUGGCGCGUCAAGCACGCCGGCCUCAGGCAUGAAAGGCACAUCGAUUGGACUCUGCCUGACCAGCCCCAGGAGGGCGACAUGAUUGAAGCCUGGGACCGCAUUGCCGAAUGGGAUUCCGCCUGCUUCCAUCCUCGCAAGCUCGAACAGCUCCGACGCUUUGGCGACUCACUCGCGGACGAGACUCUCGCUCGCCUCGAUCGCCCUCCCGCCGUUGAACCACCCUCCACAGAUACACUUCGCAGGAUCUUUGACGAGGCCUCAAGAGGCCAGGUAUCUGGCUCUGAUCAGCCUACGGAAUGUCAAGCUUUUUGGCAGUCCGUCGACCGCAGGCCUCCACCAGGAGCAGGCGCAUUAGGGCUCGAUUGGUAUCGCUCCCAAUACACUCCCGAGGAGGUCCAAGGUCUGCCACAUUGGCCGCAACAUCCUUAUUCAGAUAAGCAGGAGCCGGUUGCUUCACUUCCCAUCUGGUCCCCGUCACAUUCAGACUGCAUAGACGCUAGGAACAGUCUCGAGGAGCUUCAGGCGGAAGCCGAAAUCAUCCGCCGCGGUCAGGAUGUCUUUUAUCGAUACGCUGGACCCAUCCUCACCGUGCUACUCCACUUCAGCCUUGCCGGCGGGUUCGCUUCGCCCAGAAUCACCGAGGUGCUCAAACAGACUGCGUAUCUCGUGCCCUCGUCCGCCAGCGUUCCAGGUCAAGACAUGCCCAAAUCCGCUUCUGCCAGCCUACCAACGAUCGAGGACCUUCGACGGGUCUUCAAGGUAGACAAAGCGCGAGCCGACCGUACUUGGGAUCGGCUCCUAGAGACCACGCAAUUCGUGCUCGACGUGAUGGAACAUGCCGAUAGCCUUCGUCCACCGAGCGGGUCUGCUGCCACGCCUGCUCGCGCCACCGCAUCUUCCGUAGAUCAGGCGGCAUCAUCGGGUUCUCCUGAAAGCGGAGGCGAUGGCUGGCAGUCAGCUGUGCGCGUUCGUCUGCUGCAUGCCAACGUGCGGCGGCGUGUUCUCAAGAUGGCCGAGCGGCGGCAGGCAAGUUCCUCACAUGGCGGCCAAGCCAUAUACGAUGUCGAGAAGAACGGGGUGCCGAUCAAUCAGGAAGACCUGCUCGGUACAUUGUGUGCAUUCUCGUCCGCUCCACUCGCCAUGCUCCAGAAGAUCGGCAUCACUCCUACAGCGCAGGAACGUGAAGACUACAUUGCGCUGUGGAGGCAUGUCGGAUUCUACAUGGGCAUCGAGCCGGCGCUGUUGCGUCGCGCCUUCAAAGAUGCCCACACGGCCGACCGUACGCUGUGGUGCACCAUCCUUCACCUGUUCAGCAAGGUCGAAGUCUUGGACGCUCAACCAGUCGGCGGCAAAGGCUCUUCAGGCCCAAGAAUGCAGGGCCCGACGAUCCCCGUGCUAAUCGCAUGCGCGGACCGACCGCCCUUCCACACGCCACUUUCGGCGCAUGUCGCCAUAGCACGACGUCUCAUUGGCAAAUCUUUGGCUGACGCGCUCGCGCUGCCAGCUUCAUCUGCCAAACGCGAGGUGCUGACGGACAUCGCAUUCCUUGGCAUGCGCGUUCCGAUCGUGUUCGGGAGCAUCUAUCCACGUUGGUCGUGGGAGAGGCGCCGGCUCCAGCUGGCUCGACCACUGCUGCGUCGCCUCAUCGUGUUCAGUUUCGGCGACAAGCGGACCAAGUUCGAGAUGCCUCCGCAUCAAGGCGCGGCGGCGGCGGCUGAAGAGUCCAAGCCGACCGAGGGAGAGCGGGUCAAUGUCCAGACGCAAUCACGCAACCACCAAGAGGUCCCCGUAGACAAGGAGGCCAACCUGCAACUCGUGCGACAGUGGCGUUGGCUAAUGCGCGAGAUGAUAGCCGUCAUGGCCGCGAGCGCUUUGCUCGUGGCAGGUGCCGCUGCAGCUUGCUAUCGGCUCUUCGCUUCGUAUUAG